AUGGCAUCUCACGGCCCUAAUCAUAAUCUUGACUAUCAAGCAGUACCGCAUACAUCAGACGAUGCCGAUAAUGUUGGACAUCCUUACGAGCUAGGACAUAAUCCAGCUUCGACCGGUGGCGGGCAGGACCAGUACCAUCAAUUACAGCCCGCCGAUGAAGAUAUCUACCAACCUCAAAUGGGAUCUUACGAUAGAAAAGCAACAGUGGGGACGGGAUUCACCAGUACAACGAUAAAAGAAUAUCCUUCGGAUUUUGGACGGGCCCAGAAUGCGGCCACACCAUCAUGGCUUCCUCAUGCUCUGCGGUGGCCAACAUUUUCCUCGAUCCUGGCUUUGACAGUGAUACUGGAAAUUUUGGUGGCGGUAUUCCACGGCAUAUCGAGCCGCGAUUCGGGACUGGUAGACGAUGACGGCUCUGGAGGUAUUGUCGUAGCCUCCAAAUUUGUGCCGACCGUACUCGCAGUCAUCCACGUCCUUCUAAUAUCGAUAAUACUUAACGACGUCAAGCGAACCCAAGCAUUCGCGUACCUUUCGUCCCCUCAUGGCACUUUGGGGAACAGGUCGCUGACCUGGACCGCUGAAGCAUGGUGGGACGCCCUUGCCCAAGGAUUUCCUGGCCGUGGUCGAAAAACGAACUGGGCGUUAUUAUGCGCAGCUCUAGCUUUCAUAUUCGGCUUCCUUCUAGUGUCUCCCUUCUCUUCAAGUUUAUUCGUGACAGAGGAUAUCGUUUUCACGUACCAGGUACCGUUUAGCAAGUUGGAUAUCUCUUCGUUGUUGCCGCUUCAGGCUUCACCGCUAGCUGCUACAUAUUUUCGAACGGUUGGCAACAUCCUUCAGAAUGUCACGACCUCUGCGUGGAUUACGGAAAAAUAUGCCAUACAACCUAUCUGGCCAGCCAGAGUGGGCAGCGUACCUCUGGGACCGCAGUUCACUGACUCGAUGCAAACAUGGUCAGCGAAAACCACGGUAUUCAAUGUAGAAGAGAGUUGCGAACAGAUGAACCUAGAUCCCGGGGGCAUUUUCAUCAUGCCAUUCAAGAACAGCCCGUCAAUUGUGAAUUAUACCAGCGUCAGACUAUCCUCAGCAUCUGGUUGUAUUCUGAACGUCACCGACAGCGCCAAUCUUGGAAAUAACGGCGGUGCACUUUGGAACUCGUUGUCGAACCUCACCACCAUAUCCAUGAAUAACAUCUCCCUCGAUAGUAAUGGGAUGAGUUUUACUAAGGCCAACUGCACGCAAGACGAGUACAUGGUGUUUACCAAUUCAUGGGGCACCAACUUGACGGCCGACGCAGCCAACCUUACCAUCCAAGGCCAAGCUUGCACGACACGCUAUUACAUGGGAGAUACCAAUGCCACUGUUGUCUUUAGUAGCGGCAAUUCUAAUGUCCAAGUUAAUAUUGAUGAGGAGCAGUACUUGUCCAAUCGCGUAGAAAUUCCUAGCACCACGGCGAACGUGUCUAGCUACCAGGACGCCUCCCUUAGCGCGACUUGGUCAGUCCAUUUGGCGCAGCCUUCCCAGAAUUUUGUAGCAUUCUCAUCCGGACCGGCAACUCUGCUGUUGGCUUUAUACAAUUUCGAUCCGACCCAGAUAAUCUCAGACCAGUCAGCGGUCCAGAAUGCUGAGAAAAUAAAACAACGGUUCUUCGGAGAGCUUCUCCGUGACACGUUCGAUAACUCUGUUACGAACAACCCUUCCGAAAUCUCUGGCACUACGGCUGAGACCAGGCGACGAGUUGUCGUGGUGCCUGCGGUAGCCAUUGUCCUUGAAAUAUCAUUAGGUUUGCAACUGGUGUUAUUAGGCGUUGUCUUCUUCAUGACCAGACUUUCUAGGCGUCCCCUCGGUCUUUUCGCCGAUCCGGCACCAGCAAUGAGCACGGCCAAGCUUAUUACAAAGGAGCCUGGCACACUACAGUCAUUUGAGGGACUCCAUAACUGCACGCUCGAAGAGAUACGCACUGCGGUAGCGAACCAAAGAUACCAAUUAACGAGCGACGGCAUUCGUUUAAUAAGCCCCGAAGUCGACGAUCUAAUCCAGUCUAACUCGCCGGAGUAUAUUAACGCGACGGAGACGAUGGCCGCCACCAAUGCGAAACCGCAAUCAUUCACCUUUGGCAUCUGGCUUCUCAUCAUAUUCACUCUCCUACUUUCGGCUACUCUGAUAGUAAUCGCGUAUCUCUACUGGUACUCGGGGAUGUACGGGUUAUAUCAGACAGCUUUCGUAUACGCAUUUGAUAUCUCCAUCGGUGGUGUCGAUCUUAGUAAUGUGAAUCCGGCCUCGAUUGUUACGACCUUUCUCGCCGUGUUGAUUGGUUUGUGGUGGGGCGCGCUCGAGACGACUAUGCGUAGAAUCCAACCCUUCCUAUCCCUCGCCAAAGAGCCGGUCAACGGGGACCAAGGCCUGAUGGUAUCGUAUAUCUCGUCGUACCUCUUACACGCUGUUUGGAAAGCUUCUAGACGAGGGCACUUCGUGCUCGCUACGGUGUGUGGUGGUGCAUUCCUUGCUGAGAUCUUCACGAUUGCAAUGUCGUCAGUUUGGAAUAGAGAACCCGGCAGCGUACCAUUUCAGGUGAAUGUUCAACGACAGCUCGAAUUGCGCAGCGUGCCGCACUUAUCAGAGGCUACGCUACAGUUCACCAGCCACGCAGGCAAUUAUAAACAGAGCGCCCUUGCAUCGCUAUUUAGCAAUUUGAAGACUUCUUGGAUAUACGGCGCAGCGGUGCAGAUCUCCUUGAACGGAUCACAGCCCGCUUGGAGCUCAGAUGGUUGGAGCUUCGUUCCGCACGACUUGUCCACCGCGGUGCCGCAGACGGACGUUCAAAACACAGGUAAUCAAUCCACAGUGCCACAGUCCUCGAUGAACGUCACGUUACAGACCUCAGGAAUCAGAGCACGUCUCGAAUGCUCUCCACAUGAGCACUUGGAUAUCACAAACACCACGAGUUGGUUGACCGAGUGGGAUUUGACCAAUGCGACGGCAUGGAAUCAAACGCUCGAUCCGACUAUCUUGAAAACCGGCUACGAAUUGGGUUUGAAUAGGCUAGGUUCCAACACCUUACUCUUCCUGGAUAAUAACGCGAGCAUGUCUGGGAAUUAUACCACAUUCUUCGUGAGUAACAAGAGGAUGUCGUGCUGUCAAAACAUGACUACCGACGGACAGAUUGGCACGAGUUCAGUAGGAUAUUGGUCGCCAAAUCAAAGAAAUAACUCACUCUACCCAGAUUUCGCGACGUCUUGGCCCGCUAACUUCACCGUAAAAUGGAUUCACGGCCGUCCGGUAGAAGGCUACCAUGACCUGUCCUCAUCUUCAUCAUCGAGUAGUUCAACUUCGCCCCGACUAAUGUGGUCCGAACCGCCUCAGAUGACGGCGUUGAACUGCAUGCCCAUCAUCGAAACAGUGAACGCCAGCGUCACCGUGAGCACAGAAGAUAGUCACGUCAUCAGCUUCGACCUCCUCGACGAGCCACAGCCAGAUCAAUACGCGUGGUCAGACGACUUCAAGCAGCAUAAGAACUACGACGGCCUAUGCGAGAGCGCGGGGUGCGAUAACCUCUACAGCGUCAACAUCACGACGAGCCACGGAAUCCUCUUCGUGACCGGCCUGCUCGGCGCCGCGGACAUGUCGAAUUUUGCCGGCGACGUCGAAAGUUGGAAUAUCGCCACGGAACCCCUCGACGACCAGACCUUCAAUAUCCGGGAGCCCGGCCUAAACGCCGAUCUGAUGACAUACUCCAUGCUAUCUCUCGUCAACUACGACCACGAAGCGCUGCUGGACCCGGCCACGCUAGCGAGCACCGCGACGAAGACCUUCACGGCGCUGUUCCAGAACUACGCGAGCAACAACGUCUCCUACACGACGGGGGGCUACGUCUUCCAACCGCCGAACGAGGCACUGCCGUCGGACCUCGACCAACCAGUCGCCAACACCAACACCAAAAGAGCCGACACAACCUCGUCCUCGUCCUCGUCCUCGUCCUCCGACUCGCCGAUAACCCUGCACGUCGAGCGCCCCGUCGAGCUCCUCAAGAUGUCGAAGCCCGCGGCCUGGAUAUGCAUGCUGAUCCUCGCGUACCUCAUCGUCGCCACCGUGAUCCUGGCCGUCGCCUCGCGGCGCUACACGCGUCUGCUCCUGCGCAAGAUCGAGAGCAUAGCGGAUGUCGUCGUCCUCAUGGCCGGGAGCGAGAAGUUGCUUAGGGAGGCUAGGGAGAAGGGCAUGGCGCAGUUGAAGGCUGAUGGUGUGACGAAGGCGCGGUUGGGCUGGUUUACGGGGGCGGAUGGGGCGCAGAGGUGGGGGAUCGAGAUUGUGGGGAGCGAUGAUGAGAAGAGAGCUGCGGGCAAUGCUGUGUCUUACGACGACGGUCACGGGUCAGAAGUUCGGGACGGCGUAUCGCGCGGCGCGGAGAGUGCGGCGGGAGACGCGCGCGAGUAUAACGCGGAUGGGGUAUCUCUGUUAUCGUCGUCUAACAACACGCACAACAACCACGGCGGGUCCAGCAUAUCGGACCCGAGCCAAACACAUUACGCCGAGUCCGCCAGCCAGCACCGGGGCGGCGACCUCUCGCCCGUGUCCCAGGACUACGGGUACCAAGGUUAUCACCAGCAGUGGCCGGAGGACUACCACCACCCCGCACCGCCGCCUCACCUAGGAGAACGACGCGCGCCGUCGAUCGAUAUUAACGUGGAUAGUACGCCUUUCUCGUCGUAUUUUAGACACGAUGACGAUGGUGGUGGUGAGCGAGCUGAUGGGAUGGGCUAUGUCUAG